UUGGCGUUGGCUCGAGCUUCUUCGAACUUAGCUCCAGCCACCAAAGACAGCCGACACAGCUCCAAUGCUCGCUCGCACUACUACCCCCUCCUCACCGCACUCCCCGACACCUCCAUCGUAACCAUUGAUCCUCGCCACCAUGGUCCUCGCCCGCACCGGAGCCCUGCGCACCCUGCAGUCUUCUUUGAGACACAGCGGCCGCCGCGUACUUCCCCGGACUUCGGCGCCCCGCCGAACGCAGCUUGUUCAGAGACGCUAUGCCAGCGGAGGAUCGGACGGCGGGCAUGCUGCUAGCUCCGACAUUCCAUGGCUCAUCGGUGCUAUAGCCGUCACCGUCCCCGCUACCUGGUAUCUGUGGCCCAGUACUUCCGACGCCGAGCAUAGCGCUCCUCAUGCGGUCUACGAGGAAUUCGCCAAGUCGGAGGAGAAGAAAGAGAAGGAGGGAGGUGGCGAGGAGGAGGACGAAGGCUCAGAUGACGGCGAGAAGCAGGAUCAGGGCUCCGAGGAGGAUGAGUCUGACGGUCCGGAUCAGAAGGAGGAUCCUAAGAAGAGCGAGCCAGACGGUGGGAAACCCGAGAAGUCCGAGUCUGGAAGUAAAGACUCCAAGAAGGGCGGUUCGGAAGGUGGAGAGUCCAAGAAGGGUGAAUCUGGCGGCGACGAGUCCAAGAAGAGCGAAUCAAAGGGUGGUGAUUCCGAGAAGAGCGAGUCCAAGGGUGGUGAUUCCGAGAAGAGUGAAUCGAAGGGUGGUGAGUCCAAGAAGAGCAAACCAAAGGGCGGUGAUUCCGAGAAGAGUGAAUCAAAGGGCGGAGAGUCAAAGGGCGAUGAUUCGAAAGACGACUCCAAUGACGAAUCCGACGAAGGUGAAUCGAAGGACGACGACUCUGGAGACGAUUCCAAGGAAUCCAAGUCAUCUGACAGCUCCAAAGACUCCGGCGACAGCAAAGGCGAUGACGACAAGUCUUCCAAGGGGAAAGGUAAGACGAUUGGCAAGUCUAUUCACCCCGAUAACGAUUCCACUAAACCGGAUCAAAGAAGUAAAUCCGCGCAGUUUGGAAUCUCUACCGGCGAGACGAAGCACUCGACUCAGAUUGACCAGGACCCCAGCAAGUCAAAGAAGAGUGACGGAUCGCCGGAAACUUCAAAGGCCAAGGGGACUGUCAAGACGGGGAAUUAGCUUUUACUUCGAUUGACUUCCCUCCGAUACUGAAGCGGUAAUGGAGGGGAAAUGCGAGUCGGCAUUUGUAUAUAUUGUAUCGCUAAAAAGGAGAAAUGCAACAUUUCAGUAGA